GGGACGCUUUUGGUCAGAGUAUACACAGAUCUUUUCGUGAGCUUAUGGGUGUAAUACUGAGUAACGGGAGCAGAUGUGGGCAGAAAGGGCCAAAUGUUUUCAGCUAAAGAAAGUCAGUGGUUGCUCUUCUUUAAUCAGUGACUGUCCAUUUAUAGAAUAAAAACCUGAAGUAAAAAAAAAGAAUAAAAAUAUGGGAAAACUAAGCCUCCUUGUCAAAUCGUGUAAUAGUACCAGGGGUCAGUUAGAAUAGAGGCAAAGAACUUUUUUCUUUCAGAUCCCUGAAUCUAAUGAUAGACCUACCUGUCCUCGAAAAGAGUGUUUUUUGAAGACCUUGCAUCUGAUUUGGUUAUAUGGAGAAAUUAUUUCUAGAGUUUUCUGGAUACUCCUGCCGUCUACCAGCAUGACUCUUCCUGGAAGACUGGCCCCUCUGCAUUUGUUUAGUUUGGGAGAGCCGGUGGUGACUGCAGCAGUGGGGCCCCAGUAUGGACGGCUACACAGUCCUGAGAGUGAUCGGGGAAGGCUCCUUCGGCAGAGCCCUUUUGGUUCAGCAGGAAAGCAGUAAUCGGAUGUUUGCCAUGAAAGAAAUAAGGCUUCCCAAGUCUCCCUCUGAUACACAGAAUUCUAGGAAGGAGGCUGUUCUGUUAGCCAAGAUGAAACACCCCAAUAUUGUUGCCUUUAAAGAAUCAUUUGAAGCUGAAGGACAUCUGUAUAUUGUGAUGGAGUAUUGUGAUGGAGGAGACCUAAUGCAGAAGAUUAAACAUCAGAAAGGAAAGUUGUUUCCUGAAGAUAUGAUACUUAACUGGUUUACACAAAUGUGCCUUGGAGUAAAUCACAUUCACAAGAAACGUGUGUUACACAGAGAUAUCAAGUCUAAGAAUGUCUUCCUCACCCAAAGUGGAAAAGUAAAACUGGGUGAUUUUGGAGCUGCCCGACUUCUCUCCAAUCCCAUGGCGUUUGCUUGUACAUAUGUGGGAACACCUUAUUAUGUGCCCCCAGAAAUUUGGGAAAACAUGCCUUAUAACAAUAAAAGUGACAUCUGGUCCUUGGGAUGCAUCCUCUAUGAACUCUGUACCCUUAAACAUCCAUUUCAGGCAAAUAGUUGGAAGAGUCUUAUCCUCAAAAUAUGUCAGGGGUCCCUGAGCCCACUGCCCUCCCAUUAUUGCUAUGAGCUUCAGUAUCUAAUCAAGCAGAUGUUUAAAAAGAAUCCCUCACAUCGCCCCUCGGCCACAACGCUUCUCUCCAGAGGCUCUUUAGCUCGGCGCAUCCGGAAGUACUUGCCCCCAGAGAUCAUCACAGAAUAUGGUGAACAGAUACUAGAAGAAACCAAAAAAUCUAAGCAUAGUACACCAAGAAAAAAGGACCCCAGCAGAGUCAGGAUUGCUUUGCAAAGUGAAGCAAGCACAGUGCAAAGGAAAGAACCAGGUGGAAAGUGUAGCCACACUGAUUUAGAAAGCAUUAAUACAAACUUGAUUGAAAAUACAUUGACAGUAAACAGAGAAGAGAAAGAUAACAGAGCCGUCCCUCAGAGCAAAGCCAGUUCGCCAGGUCCUCUCAGGCGACAGUGGGAGAAAAAUGCAUCUACUACAGCUCUUGCUGCUCUGGGAAAUGCACCCGUGCUCACCUCCAGUUUAACAGCAGAGGACAGUGGAGGUGGCUGUGUAAUAAAGUACAGUGAAAAUAACACCCGGAAGCAGUGGCUCAGAGAGGCUCCCGAAACCUUGUUGAGCAUCCUUAGGAAUGCUGAUCUCAGCUUGGCUUUUCAAACAUACACCAUCUAUAGACCAGGUGCAGAAGGGUUCUUGAAAGGCCCCCUGUCUGAGGAAACAGAGGCAUCGGAUGAUGUCGAUGGAGAUCACGAUUCUGUCAUUUUGGAUCUAGAGAGACUUGAACCUGGACUGGAUGAGGAGGACACGGACUUUGAGGAAGACGACAGCCCUGACUGGGUAUCAGAACUGAAGCAGCGAGCUGGCUGGCAAGAAGUGUGCAGUGGAUAAUGCACUGGAAAUGUCCCUUAGUCACAUUGAGGGGAUGUUAACCAUGAGGAACUGACAUUCAGAUAAUAAUUAGCUCACGGGAUUAUAUUUUCCUUUGGAAACACAAUGAAGAGGGAGAAACUGUGGAUAUUUUAAAUUGUUCCUGGUUAGUAUCAUAAGCUAUAAAAAAAUCUAGAACUUCUCUGAGUUUGAAAACUGGGUAUGAGGUUCGGGCUUUGUGGUCAGGUGGAACAGAAAUUGAAUGCUACCACUUAUUGCUUGUCUGAUUGUGAGAAAUUACUUAACCUCUUUUAGCCUGAAUUUCCUCAACUGUAAAAUGAGAAUAAUAGUGCCUACCUCCCGGGGAUGCUGACCACAGACCAUUACAGCAGCCCAUAAUGUUAUUUGCAUUGUUGUGAUUUGUGCGUAUUACUUUGUAGCUCUUUUUAUAUUUCCUAAAGGUUUGAAGAUCUAAAUGUAUUUAAUUAUAACUUAA